UAGGAAGAAGCGCCGGGAAAGAUGGCGGCGGCUGCGGUUUGAAUUCCAGCGGCGCCGCCGGAGUCCGAACAAGAGCUGGGUUAGAGGGGGCGGGGACCUGGGAGCCGGACGGGUCGCUACAGCAGGGGUUACCCGUGGCGCCGCCGUCACCAAGACACCAAUGCUAACACCGCCUCCGUGUCCAUGAUGGACUCGGUUUUGGAAGAGGACGUCACCCUCCCUGGGACGCUCAGCGGCUGCAGUGGCCUUGUUCCCAAUGUACCUGAUGACCUGGAUGGCGUCAACCCCAAUGCUGGUUUGAGAAACAGUGUGCUCCCAGAUGUGUCAGAAGAAAUGGUGUCUCCCACCAGAGCACGGAACAUGAAGGACUUUGAAAAUCAAAUUACUGAAUUGAAGAAGGAAAACUUUAACCUAAAGCUCCGCAUCUAUUUCCUUGAGGAAAGAAUGCAACAGGAAUUUGAUGGCCCUACUGAACACAUCUACAAAACUAACAUUGAGCUCAAGGUGGAAGUAGAAAGUCUGAAGCGGGAGCUCCAGGAGAGAGAGCAGCUGCUCAUCAAAGCCUCCAAAGCAGUUGAGAGCUUAGCUGAAGGGGGUGGCUCUGAAAUUCAGCAGGUGAAAGAAGAUGCUCGGAGGAAGGUGCAGCAGGUGGAAGACGUCCUGAAGAAAAGGAUAGCCCUUUUAGAAGAGGAUGUGAAAGCCGCCCAAGCAGAACUGGAAAAAGCCUUUGCAGGGACAGAAACAGAGAAGGCUCUUCGAUUGGGCUUGGAAAGCAAGCUUUCGGAGAUGAAGAAGACGCACGCGGGGGACUUGGAGAUGGUUUUGGUCCUGAAAGAGAAAGACAGGCUGAUUGAGGAGUUGAAGCUGUCUUUGAAGAGCAAAGAAGCUUUAAUUCAGUGCCUUAAAGAGGAGAAAUCUCAGAUGGCAUCUCCUGAUGAGAACGUGUCAUCUGGAGAGCUCCGAGGACUUUCUGCUGCUCUAAGGGAAGAAAAAGAGAGAGAAACUGAGGCUGCACAAAUGGAGCGUCAGAAGGAAAGAAGUCACUUUGAAGGGAGGAUCCAGGCACUUCAGGAGGACCUGAGAGAGAAGGAAAGAGAAAUUGCUACAGAGAAGAAAAAUAGUUUAAAGAGGGAUAAAGCCAUUCAGGGUUUAACCGUAGCAUUAAAAUCAAAGGAAAAAGAGGUUGAAGAACUUAACUCUGAAAUAGAAGAGCUCAGUGCUGCUUUUGCUAAAGCCAGAGAGGCUGCGCAGAAAGCACAGACCCAGGAAUUCCAGGGGUCCAAAGACUACGAGGCUGCUCUGUCAGGAAAGGAAGCCCUUUUGGCCGAGCUGCACUCAGAAAACCUCUCCAAGAGUACAGAGAACCGCAGACUGCGUAGGAACGUUAAGAAGGUCAGCCAGGAGCUGAGCGACCUGCAGCAGGAGAGGGAGAGACUGGAGAAGGACCUGAAGGAAGCCCAUCGAGAGAGGAGCAAAGGAGACUGCACCAUCCGUGACCUUAGAAAUGAAGUUGAAAAAUUACGCAAUGAAGUGAAUGAAAAAGAGAAAGCAGUGGAGAAUCGGUAUAAGAGUCUUUUGAAUGAAAGCAAUAAAAAAUUGCACAGUCAAGAGCAACUGAUCAAGCAUCUAACAGAAAGUGCCAAUCAAAAGGACUUGUUGCUUCAGAAAUUCAAUGAAAAAGAUUUGGAAGUAAUACAGAAGAACCGUUAUUUAAUGACAGCAGAGGAUCUUGAGUUUAGGAGUGAAGGUUUAAUAACAGAAAAACGCUCUUCUCAACAGUUACCUGGCAGCAAAAUCAUCUUCUCUGAGGAAAAGCAACAAUCAGACUAUGAAGAACUGAUUCAAGUCUUAAAGAAAGAGCGAGACAUCUAUCUCCAUCUGGUAAAAUCUCUGCAAGAAUCGGACAGUAUCAACAACCUGCAGGCUGAGUUAAACAGCAUUUUUGCCCUGCGGAAGCAACUGGAGCAGGAUGUACUGUCUUAUCGGAAUUUGCAAAAGACCCUGGAGGAGCAGAUCAGUGAAAAUCGGAGGCGGGAAGAAGAACCAUUUUCAUUUUAUAGUGAUCAAACAUCUUAUCUAAGUAUUUGCCUUGAAGAGCACAAUCAGUUUCAAGUGGAGCAUUUUUCUCAAGAAGAACUUAAGAAAAAGGUCAGCGACCUUAUACAGCUAGUGAAGGAAUUGUAUACAGACAACCAGCACCUGAAGAAAACCAUUUUUGAUUUCUCCUGUGUGGGUUUCCAGGGAAAUGGCAGACUUGAGUCAGCAGGAAGAACAGAGCUUCUGGCUAGCAAGGAGGACGAGGACACGAUCAAAAUUGGAAAGGAUGACGAGAAUAAUUUCCUGAGUGACCAGCAUUUGGAGCAGGGUAAUGAGAUUAUGGAGGAUCGUUUCAAAGAAGGUUGCAAAAAUGGAUUUUUAAAGCACACAGAUUCCAGUAUAUCAGACUACGAUGGAGACCACAAAUCUGGUUGCCCUGGAGACCAGAGCCUGGAAGAAGGCGAGCUCAUGAACCUGCAUGUCCCUUUCGUCAAUGAGAAGGCCACAUUGUUCCUGGAAUCCAGGCCAGACCUUCUGAAAGUGCUAUGUGAACUGCUUCUGGAACGAAUGUGCUUGACAGAGCAGGAAGUUUCUGGAGAACGCCUUGAUGAUAAAACUGAGAAGACACUUAAGCAAAUAGCUGUUCAGCUAAAAGGCGAACUUGGACAAUUUGUCCAAGCCAUCUCAUUUUCCAAGUCACAUGAUGAACUGAAGCCACCUCGGGAGGCCCAGCUAGUAAAGGCGGGUGAAGCGUCCAGGGGGGAGCUGAAAGAUGCCUCGAUGCAGACUGUGGCUGUGGAGGGCGACCUGCUGGGAUUUGGACCCAAAGGAAAGAGAGAGGCUCGGGAAGAGAAACCAAGCGAUGCCGCAUUCAGCGCUGAGGAUCAGCCGGAGAACUUGUGCAGGGUGCCUGGGCGGCAGGCCACUUCCCUCUCCUUCCUCAGUGAGAGCAACAGAGAUGCUAAGAAGUCCCGCUUGCCAAUCCUACUAAAACCAUCCCGGUCAUUAGGAAAUGUGUAUUGUCUCCCUGCCACCCAGGAGGUGGUGGCCCAGCUGCAGGGCCAGAUCUUGAAGCUGCAGGGGGAGCUGAAGGAGUUUAAAACUCGUAAUAAGCAACUUCACCAAAAGUUAAUUCUGGCUGAAGCAAUGAUGGAGGGGAGGCCCACGUCCGACACAACGUUACUGAAUGCUCAGCCUCUUGUGGGAGAAGCCUACCAGGAUGGCCCAGAAGAGCAUACAGGAGUUAAAACCACACCCUCUAUCUGGAGAGGCAAGGAAAUGGACAAUGAUCAGCAAACAAGCUACAAUAUCGACUCUGAAAUUUACCCAUCUGAUGACCUUGCUAUCGUGCCAACAUGCAAAGAGAAUCCUGAAGAUUGUCUGGGCCUGACAUCAGUAGCUACUUACGUGAGUUCUAAAAGUCAGCCUUCCAUUAAAGUCCGCAUGACUGGGACUGAUCAGUCUGAGGACAUUGAUACCUCAAAUAAUACAGAAUGCUUAAAACAGAAAAUCCAUGACUUGGAAACUGAGCUGGAGGGCUACCGGAAUUUCAUAUUUCAGCUUCAAAAGCACUCCCAGUGCAGUGAGGCCAUUAUCACAGUUUUGUGUGGGACAGAAGGGGCCCAGGAUGGCUUGGGAAAGCCCAAGGUCAGUACUGACGAAGAAGAAAUGACCUUUUCAAGUUUGCGCCAAGUACGCUACGUGAAGCACAUGAAAAUCCUCCAUCCGCUGGCCCCAGAGAUAAUUGAUGGCAGGAUGCUGGAGAGCCUCAAACAGCAGCUGGUGGAACAGGAAUAUGAGCUGCAAAAGGAGCAGAAUUUGAACAUGGAACUUUUCAAUGAAAUCCAUAACCUGCAGAAUAAGUUCAGAGAUCUCUCACCCUCAAGAUACGAUUCAUUAGUUCAGUCCCAAGCCAGAGAGCUCUCCCUUCAACGGCAGCAGAUUAAGGAUAGCCAUGGCAUCUGUGUCAUUUACCGUCAACACAUGGACACCAUGAUUAAGGCGUUCGCAGAGUUGCUGCAGGCCAGUGACGUGGAUUACUGUGUGGCCCAGGGUUUCCAGGAGCAGCUAAAUCAAUGUGCUGAACUGCUGGAGAAAUUGGAAAAGCUAUUUCUUAACGGAAAAUCAGGUGGAGUAGAAAUGAGCACCCAGAAUGAACUGAUAGAGAGGAUUGAGGAAGACAACUCAACCUACCAACAUAUUCUACCCGAAUCUCCUGAGCCUUCAGCCUCUCAUGCAUUGUCUGAUUAUGAAACAUCCGAAAAGUCCUUCUCACGAGAGCAGAAGCAAGAUAGCGAGACCGAGAAGACUUCAGUUGUGGCGAACAGGUUUUCUCAAGACUUACUAAUGGAACAUAUACAGGAAAUUCGAACUUUGAGAAAACGUUUAGAAGAAUCUAUUAAAACAAAUGAGAAGCUACGGAAACAGCUGGAACGGCAAGGAUCUGAGUUUGAUCAAGGUUCUACAAACAUUUUUGCUUCUGGUUCAGAGCUGCAUAAUUCUCUGACAUCGGAAAUUCAUUUCUUGAGAAAGCAAAACCAGGCCCUCAAUACAAUGCUUGUGAAAGGAUCCAGAGAUAAACAGAAAGAGAAUGAAAAAUUACGGGAGUCCCUCUCCAGGAAGACUGCGAGCCUUGAGCACCUUCAGCAGGAGUAUGCCAGUGCAAAGGAGGAAAAUGAAAGGCUGCAGAAGGAAGUCAGUGAGAAGGAGAGACACAACCAGCAGCUGAUCCAGGAGGUCUGCAGCACCGGCAAGGAGCUGAGCAGGGUGCAGGAGGAGAUGAGGUUGAGGCAGCAGCUGCUCUCCCAGAACGACAAGCUACUCCAAUCCCUCCGAGUGGAGCUGAAAGUGCAUGAGAAGCUGGAUGAGGAGCACAGGAGACCGAGAGAGGCCAGAGCAGAGGCGUCUGGAGAAGGCUGGAAGGGGCAGGAUCCUUUCAGUGACCUGCACGGCCUCCUGACGGAGAUCCAGGCUCUGCGGGCACAGCUGGAAAGGAGCAUUGAAACCAACAGCACCCUGAAGAGCAAGCUGGAGGAGCAGCUGGCACAGGGGGCAGAGAAGGCACAGGAGGGGGCCCUCACUCUGGCUGCCCAGGCCCUGGCCAUUCCCAAGCGGCCCCGUCAGCUAGACACACACGAUGGUGACAAAUGUCCCAUGGCAGGUGAUAAUUCAUUUGAUCUGUUUGAGUCCACUCAGGCAGUGACACCAAAAUCAGCUUCAGAGACUCCUCCACUCUCUGGGAGUGACAUGGACUCCCUCUCCUGUGACAGUAGCAGCUCAGCAACCAGCACCUCAUGUGUGUCCCACCCGGUCACUGACCACCGCCUGUGGGCCAGCAAGAGUGGCCACCAUGUCUUGGGCCUGACUGAGGACUUUGAGGCUCUGUGCACGCAGAUUGGCCAGGGCCAGAGGCUCCUUGCCGAAAUGGACAUGCAAACCCAAGAGGCUCUCAGCCCUGCAAGUGAAGAGCUGGCAGCAAAGGGUCUGCAUUUGGCACCGCUGAGCGAGUUUGUCACCAGUGUGAGCACAGCCAAGCUGACCCUGGACGAGGCCUCCAGGCUAAUGAAGCUUCUCUGGAGAGUCUCCCUCCCUACAGAUGGCCAGUGCGGUCUUCACUGCGAGCAGAUUGAAGAAAUGAAGGCAGAGAUCACCAAACUGCACAAAAAAUUGUUUGAACAAGAAAAGAAGUUGCAAAACACUGUGCAGCUUUUGCAGCUGAGCAAGCACCAGGAAAAAGUCAUCUUUGAUCAGUUGGUCGUAACCCACAAAAUCCUUCGGAAGGCCAGAGGGAACCUGGAGCUCAGGCCCGGGGGUGCCCAUCCAGGAACAUCGAGUCCCAGCAGACCAGGCUCCUGAGGAGGACUUUGAGCCAAUAAAGCCUGUGGUCCCCCCA